AUAGCAACUGUCGCGGCGUUCGGACGUUAUAUACAUGUACGGAAACGGAUACGCGGACCAAUACAUACAUAUACAAUUUAUAAUAUUUUUCUUUCUCAUUCAAAAGAAAGAAAAUACUUUAAAAACGAUAUUUUUCGGGACAGACGAUACUAAAAGUCGCAAAACGAAUUUCAAUUUGAAAAACCAAUAAUUUUUUUAUAAAAGAAAAGUAAUUUUUUGUUUUUGCAUACGGGUGUGAAUAGUUGUAUGUGGUGGUGAUUCAGAGGAAAUCAGACUUUGCAAAGUGCAAAAUUUCAUUGAAAAAAAGUAGAAGUAGCUACUGCAGUGGUAGAAGAAGUUGCAGAAGAGGAAGCAAACAAAUAAAAAAAAAUCGAAUUAUAGCGAAACGAAACGAGUGUAGUGUUAAAGAAGCAGCGAAUAAGAAAUAUGCAUGCAUACAUACAUACAUAUGUAUGUAUGCAUAUGUAAAAGUUAAAAGCUAAACCAGUUUUAUAUAGACGUACUAAACUAAACAAUUUUUACAAAAACAAUAAUAACCAAACAUCAACCGGCCGACCAACAACUUCAUACUUGAUGGUGCACCAGUUCGUACAAUUCAAAUGUUGCAUGAAUUAUUACUCAAAACAUUAAGUGACCCAUUCUUCUGGACGCAUCAAACAGUUUCUUCAAAAGUAGUCUACUGAAGCUCAACUACAAAAUAUUCGAAAGUUUAAUCACACACUUAAAACGACUGUAACACGAAAAAUAGCAGCAGCAACAACAACAGCAGCCAAUUGCACUGAUAAUAGCAUUAAGAAAGCACGAGCAAUGUCCAAUGUAAACAUAACAACAAUACAUACAUACAUACACGUAUGUACAUAUUAGCAAUUGAAGAAAUAAACGAGUAGCUGCCGGUAGCGCCUAAAAAAGUAGUGCCGUGACGACAACAGCAGAAGCAACAACGAGAAGUAAUAAAUCAGUGACAACAACAGCAAAAUGUUGACUGCUGUUUAUCAACAACAAAAACAGCAGCAACAACAACAACAACAAACCCAACUGCAAACCAGUACAGGCAAACAUAACUUUAUUAGAGCAGCUCAAGCAGCACAAGACAUAGUAAACGAACGACCGACGAAAGCAACAACACCAACAACAACACACCACAAAUAGACGCUAAACAACAAAUGAAGUAAACUUGAUAUAGUAAACAAGUGUUAGCAACAGAAAACAAAAACAAUAAAACAACACAGCACACACACACACACACACACAGACAGUAACAACGGCCAAUCUGUAGGCAAAACAUUUUCACUUGAAAGCAGUGAAUUUGACAGCAACAACAACAACAACAAUAAGGCCAGCAAGUACUUCAAAAGCGAUAAUCCGACGUAAGAAAAAUUUGCAGUUGCAGUGAAAGCAACAACAAGUGAAGAAUAUCUGCAGCUCCUUUUAAUUGUUGCACGUCUUUGCUGGUGAACGCUUUGACGUUUGACGAAGGCAGGCACUUCUAGCAACAGCAACGAAUUUGCCAACAAGAACAGCAGCAAUAGCAAAGGGUAGUUGCACCGGUAGUUGCUGCAUACAUACAUGCAUUCAUACAUACAUAUAGACGCGAAUAACUGCCACGAUUGUGCAACACGCUAUUAAAUUGUGCAGCGGAAAACGUAUUGAUUACUGUAAUAAGCUGCAACAACAGCAUCAACAACAACAACUAAACUAAACUAAACUAAACAUUCGAACAACAGAACAGAGCAGAACAGGAAAGAAUGCAAGUUGUCCGAUUGGGUUGAGCAGCAGCGCUGAUUGAGCGUCACUAGUAAUAGUUACAUACAACAACAAAAACAACAAAAACAACAACAACAACAAUAUACGUGAAAACGCCCGUUGUCAACUAAGCGUAAUUGCAAAAGGCAAAAAUUUCUCGCAUUUAUUUUUAUGUUGCCCACUUGGAGAAUGCAACAACGUCGCGCGAAAUAGUUGCCAAGGGUAGCGAAUAGCAAGGCAUAGCAUAGCUUACAUACAUACACAUGUACAAGCGGACUUAUAUAAAUAAGUAAAUAUAUAUAUAUAUAUAUAUUUAUACAUAUAUAUUUAUAUAUAACUUCAGCAGAUCUCAUUGCCGCAUUUAGUUUUAUGUUGCCGCAAUUCGAGCCAAAAACAGUGUGGCUGUGAAAUUGUUAUUGUUUUUUCCCCUCAACACUUCAACUUAGCACUCGCAAUUUUCCUUGCCUUGUGAGUGAACAUUAAAAUAAACGCGCGACAAAAACAACACCGCAUUUUGCCUCCGCUCAUUUACGCCCAUUUGCGUCCGGCGACAAAGCAGCAUUGGCAGACAAUAAGAACACAGUACAAACGGUAGAUGUGAAGCGGAACGUCCAACAACAACAGCAACAACAACGUUAAAAAUUAUAUUACAGCAAAAAAUUGCAAUUUAAACACAAGAGACAGUCGCCAUUUGUCAUCAACAACAGCUACCGACUGGCGCACCAAAGCCUGGGAAUCAAAAGCACACUUCAUUUGCCAUAGUAAUCGGUUGUGUUGUGCUAGCAGAUCAUUUGUUGCCGUUAGAUUGCAGGCAAAAUAAGGCAAGAAGAACCAUUUUUUAUAAGAGAAGAGUGAGCGUACGGUCGCUGAGUGGCGACAAAACUGAAAAGAAUUCACCGAGCGUGACUGUAAAGUGUGGAGGCAUUAAAGCAAAACGUUAGAUCGGCUUACUAACAGCAACAACAAAAAACAAAGGAAAACUAAAAAAAAAAGCAGCAACAAAACUCAAACACCAACUCACGUUUGCAACUGAAACAACAGCAGCGCAACAAAAAAAAAAAAAACACACACACAUACACAAAAAGUAUAACGGCAAAUCAACAAUUUACCUAAUGAAGCUUUAGUUGCACCGUAAAACCACAACAACUAAAUAUUCAGUAAAAGAAAAUAAGAAGCAGAAAGCACAGCUGCAUAAAAAUGGAUAGUACCACACAUUCACCAACCGCCGCGCCACCACCAUUAGCAACAGCAUCACAACGUGCCGGCGUGACUGCCAAUGGCCUUGACACCGCCAUCACACCACCAGUAGCACCCGCGCGCCAUACGCGUCCAUUACCCGCACAACGCGCCGGUAGUGCCUGUGUCAGCGGUAAUGGCAGCAGCUCAUCGACAACCACCUCCUCACCGCCGCAAUACAGUGAGGACAUUAGGCGCGCCAAUAUGCCCACCACAUUGGAUUUGUUGCCACGCAAGGGCAGCGUAUCGUCGACAAAGACCUGCGAGGUCGAUUUGGGUGAUGAAGAGCGUGACACCUUUUCACCCAUAAGCACCGGAGAGAGCACGAGCGACGGUGGCGUUGGUGAGGAUGGCAGCAGCAGCAAUCAAUGCAGUCCCGGUGAUGCGCAUAUGUUAUCCGCUGCGGGCAGUAGUGAUAUCGGCAGUACAUUAGCAACGAUAGCUACAUACGAUAACAAAGCCUACGAUAGCGUGCAUGAAAGGCCAAUGACAGUCGCACCAACACCAGCCGCCCGGCUGAAGUUGAGUGGCAGUGGUGGUGUGAGUGGAGUGGCUUUGUCUGGAGCUGGGACUGGUGCUGGUGUGAGUGGCGCUCUGCACUCCACAUCGAAGGAGGAGAAGCAGCGUCAAAAUGAGGAAAUUGUCAUAAUGGAAACGUCAUCAAUUUCUUCGGAGACUGGCUCAUGGGAAUCUGUAUUUCCACACGCUAAUAGUGCUGCAGUAGGCAAUGUAGUGUCAACAACCGCUGUGGUAUCUGCCGCGCCCAUUACUGCUGUAAACACAACUACAGCAAACAUGUUAAGUGAUGCCAAUAUUACAGCUUUUAAUACAGAAUUUUUACAAAGCGAAGGCAAAAUAUCGCAAACGCCGUUUGAGCAUCCCAAGGAGCGCGACAAAAAUAGCGGCACUGAGCAGCAAGUUCAUUUGCUUAAAGAACCUGAUAUUGCGCCAUAUCUACGUGAGCGCACCUAUUCCACGGGCGCGUCAGUGACUGCCGAUACGAGCUCAUUAUUUACCGGCAUCAGUACCCAUUCGCUGUUGCGUGAUCUUGAGCGGCGAGAAAACGCAAUGAAUUCGUCGGCACAUAGCGCUUGCUUCAUUGAUGCCUCCUCGCUGCGUGAUGAGGAUGAAGUACUCUCUUUUCCCAGUCUUGACGGCCAGCUGUCGAAUGAUGAUGCUAAGGAUAUUGAAGAUGAACGGGUGACGACGUUAGAGUCAACCAAGCCGGCUAAUGGCGAAGAUGAGGACUCUCCUACCAAAAAACUUGAAUCAUUCCAUAAAGCAUUUGCCAAGUGUAAAGUGAAAUCCAAAGAUCUACCAGAAGAUGUGCCAGUAGAAACAUUUAAUUUAUCAAAGUCAAGUUCUAGCUCGAAUUCUGGUGCUGAUUCGCCACAGAAACAAAUUUCGGUAGCAUCUGCAACAUCCACAAAUAAUCUCUCAGAUGAAGAGAAACUCUGGAAACGCGAACACGAAGGUCAAAAAGCGCCUAAGAAUGCCGAGACCAAAGAUAAAAUUGGCAAGACAACACAAUUUGCCCCCCAACAGCAGACUUCCGCACAUGAGGAUGCCACUGAGGCCUCAGUGUCUCUUGCUGCCGACGCUGAUUCAUCUGACUCAUCGGAAAUUGUUAAAUUGCGUCGUGAACAAGAGCACAAACAGCGCGGCCCAUACAUUUUCCAACACAAUAUGCAACACUUUAGUAUUCACCCAUUGGCUGUAAGUCCAAAAUUUUCCGUACACAAUUCGCUGGCUGCCAGCAGUACUGGCCAUCCCACGGCCGUACAUGCUGCACACAGCGAUCUUAGCUACACAACUGACUACUCGUCAUCCAGCCCGGCACCAAGUUUAGUUUGGUCUGAGCAUGAACACCGUCCCAGUCUCAGCGGUCGUCCGCAUGUCGAUGAUUAUGACGGCCACGCGCAUAAGACAUUUGCUCACCCGGAUACACCGCAUAACUCGAUAGCACACAUUGAAAACGCCUCCAGUAAUAACUCCUCCAUACAUCGCGACUACACAAUGUCAUCAUCACUCUCACACCAACGCGACUCUGGCGCUUAUUGCAGCGAUGCUACAGAUUCACCAGUACCAAUGCCACGUACACCGAAACGCUCCAAGUUUGAUGAAGCUAACCCGAUAAUUUCUGGCGGUGCAUCGAUUAAAGAUUUUGCACCUAAGCAGUGCGAGAGCCCGCCGGUGCAUAGGCGCUUGGACUCAUGUCCUAUUGUCUCUGGUGGAUUUGCCUCACUGGAUUUUGAGCCAACCCGACCGCUAGUAGACGAUGAUGAGGAUCAAGUGGAAUUACGUUCAAGACCAAAGACGCGUAAACCGAUACCGGGUAUAGCGUCGUGGGUGGUGGAUAUGAGCGACUGCCGGCCAGAGCGUCGCAAAAGCACUAGCUCCACUUCCAGUAUGGAAGCGUCUGCAGGUAAAUUUCGCGAACGUUCCGAUUCUACCAGUUCACAUAAGAGCGGUUGUGGUUUUUAUGUUUCUUUGGAUAAUAUGGAUAAAAACCCCAAUACUGAUGAUCUCAAUAAAAUACCAAUAAAGCCGCAGAUGAGUAAAUCAUAUACGGCACCAAAACCGGCCGGCUUCUUUGUGAAUCUCUCUAAGAGCGAAUAUAUAUCGGCACCGGAAGAAAAACCUAGCGAACCGAAGACGGAAGAAACAACGACAGCAGAUAAGAAAAAUAUAUUUAGCAUGUUCAUAGAUAUAGGCGAGAGUAAGAAACAAAGUGGUACGCCGCGAAAGGAGCCAUUUAGCUUGGCGCAACGAUUAUCAAGCUCAUAUGCUGCGCAACGUCGCGCAGAAGAAGUCAUGCGUUCAAGCGCAAGCUCAACGGAAACACUGAUGGCAAAAAGUAGCAGUUUAAAGAUGAGUACAGACAAUGAAGGGUGUGGUGAGAGUAAGUCGCUCGAUUAUAAGUGCAAUCUUGAACCGCCUAUUACUGUAGCAGCCAUACGACGGCUAUCACAGCAGCAACGCUCCCAGAACGACGCAGCGAAACGACAUUCCUGGGGCAAUAAUCCAUCGAAAGAAGGUGUUAUCGGUGACUACAAACGCUCCAUUAGUCUUACGGCCAAUGGCGAUUCAAAGGAGAAUGGUGGGAAUGGCUUAAUGAGCAUCAUAGAUAAAAUCCCAUUGAUAUCGAAGGCCUCCUCUUUGUCGGUGGACAGCUCGCUAUCUCCCUUCGAUGAAUAUACCGGCUCCAAGUCGGAGUUGAGCACCUGCUCAAAUAAUUCCGCUCGCAACUCCGUUUCGGGCGGUGAACGUGAUGAUGAAGUUUUCCAUGCUGGCGCUGGUACGAAUAAUAGCGGGCGCGUCAAAAGACGCCGUCGUGAUGUGCAAAUCAAUGAAACAUUCGACAAAAGUAGUUUGGCUUCCAUAACGGACGGUGUGCUCUCGAAAGAUAUGUCUCCAGCUUCUACAACUGAUACGGAAGAUCUGACCUUUCAACAGGAUGAGGAACUGGCUAUGCGUGAGGCGGCACUACAACAACAGCAGCAACUUCAACAGGCGCCCUCGAAUCGUUCCUCAGCUAUUAUAAUGGAAACCAUUAUUGAGGCAAAGGAAACCUCGUCACCGAAGAAAAAUGCCUCUGGGCAUACAAUGGAAAGCCUGCACGCAACCAUAGAGAAACAGAAGAUGCUGCUCGAAACGGUCAAUGAACAUGGCGAAGUGGAGAAGAACACAUUUGUGAAAUUAUCCGAUAUGGAUAAACCCGCAAAAUUCGAACUACACUCGCCGGAGUCGAUGAGUAAGAGUGCCGGCAAUCAUCGUCAAAUAAAUCGCCUAUUCCGCGAUGACUCGAAAGCGCGUCCACAUUCAUGGACAAUGACACGUUCGCACGGCAAUAGCUUCCUCAGCAUAACCAAUUCAGUGGAGAACCUGCGCAGUCUAUCUCGGCUUUUUCCAAACUUUUCGAAAGAAUUUUCAAACUCUCUACCGAACGACAUCAUCUGUGAUCAAAUGGACUACAUACAGACCGAUAUAAGUGGUGAUUCCAGUUUGGCUUCGAGCAUUAGUCGUUCCGGCAUGGACGAGUCUUCCAUAUCGUGUCGUCAACCACGUAGAUUGGGUGAAGAUCUAUUGAAAAUGUUCCUGCAAGAGAUUGCCACCGACAUGAUUGUCGAGGUACACGGUCGGCGUAUUAAGGCGCAUAAAUGUAUUCUGCGCUCGCGCUGUCAGUAUUUUGCCGCUAUGUUGGCAGGUAGUGGCGCACAGAGUGUUGUCUCGCUACAAGGUUAUUCCUAUUCGGCAGUACAUUUUGCUUUGUGUCACAUCUACUCGGGUGCCUCGCAUCCGCCAGAUGGCAUUAGUCUGAUGGAGCUGGCUGCUCUGGCAGAUCUGCUCGGUUUGGAGGGCUUAAAGGAGGUGACAGCACAUGCCUUGAAGACAAACUACUGUCACAAUUUCCACAAACCCUGUUCGGGUUGUAUCGAUGGCAUACUGCAGGUGCUACCCGUGGCAUUGACUCACUCAUUAGAUGAUUUAUAUCGCAAGUGUUUGCGUUGGACUUGUCGUCACUACAUGAAAGUUUGGCCAACACGACAAUUUGCUCAACUACCAGCGGACAUACUGGGGCGCUGUCGGCAACAAAUUGUCGCAUAUAUGACAUCGGAGAGUGUGUUGGACACAGUACUCGAUUGUGAUAAUUUGCUGACACAGUUGGCGACCUACCGCUGGGGUGGUAUUUGUGAGAGUCUCGUACGUGACAUACUGGACUCCGCCUAUACCUACAUUGCCGAUCACUUUGCCAGCCUCAUAGCGAGCGACUCUUUCCUAUCGCUCGGUCACGAUCGCAGCUGUCACAUACCGCGUCUCGAGAGUGUGCUAUUGCGCACAGCUUCGUCACUUACACCGGAUCAGGCAUGUCGCAGUUAUCAACGUGUGACACGCCUCAACACUGUGUUGCAGGCGAAAGUCAUACAAAUGCCGGCCAAUCUGGGUGAAUUGGCUAAAGAGCUGCAGGGUUUGCAGGAGGAAGACUUGGAUUGGGAUACCGAGUACAUACGUUUGGUGAGCGCCAUACUCUCCGCUGUCGAGCAGUGUCUUAUAAGACAGUGUUCUCGUGCUAUGCGCGUAACUGCUUGGCAGCGCAUGGAUCUCGAUUUGCGUAAAAAGGUGCAAACUUUGGCGCGACUCACCGAACCGAUGGAUCUGAAGCGCAACAAACCCGUCUCGAAAGCGUUCACAUUCAGCGGCAGCACACGUAAUCAGGAUCUGUAUCAGGUGAAGUUGGCAAUACAGGCGCAUUCAAAGCGUACCAUGGCGCAGGACACACAACUGUAUAAGGCAACGCAGACGCAGGAGGCGGGCAAUGUGCAGACCACUGAGCGUGGUGUACAAGCCAAUAACGAUUUGCGCGAAGGCACCAGUAAGAUUCUUAAAUCGAACACACGCGUUCACGUGCCUCAAGCGUUGCGCGCUAGCUCACAGAGUGCCACUACCUCCGAGCGCAAUAGCUUAAAUACACACCGACGCACACAAUCCGAAGCACCGAUGCAUAUAAAUAAAGUCACUACAACCGCACCUGCUUUGCCGCCAAAGCCCACAAGUGCCGACAUCAAAACCGAGACGGUCAAGAAAACUGCGCCACGCCUCUCUGAUGUGCGUCCACGCUAUCUGGAGCCGCGUAAAGUACACGCGCCAGCCGGUUUCGGUAACGGACCAGUACGCAGCGCCACUAGCUCCAGCAUUCCGGCCAAUACGAAAGGCAAAGGCCGUCAGAUCUCAUCUAGCGAUAGUUCGCGCACUUCCAGUCCAGCGGCACGUAAGACGGCAAAUCAAAUUGGACGCAAGUCUAUUAAUAUGUCGCUUGACAGUUUGGCCUCGCCAUCGCGGCGUGGCCGUACAAUGCGCUUGAAGGCCACCGACAAUGCUGACCGUUUUUCGGAUCGUGGCGGUGAUUCGCUCGGUGACAGCAUGAAGAGUUCAGUGAUUACAAACAAGGCGAUCUCGCAAGAGUCGCUCGCGAGUGGCGCAAAGCUGUCACGUUCGAAUCCGCUCAUUGGCAACAGCGGCAAACAGUUGGCAACUGUCGGUGGUGGCUGUAAGUUGCUAAAUGGCAAAACGUCAAAUGGCAUUGCGAAGACGAAUCGCGCAGCAAGUAUUGGCGCCAAACCGCCAAAACAUUUGCAACAACAGAAUAUAAAGUCAACCGGUUCAAGUCCCUCCUCAGUGACGACCACUAAAUCAGCGGCAAGUCGUCUCUCAUCUGUCUCAUCCACACACUCCUCGCGAGAUAUGUUUAAAAAUCGGUCGAUAUCCGUGCCGGGUCAGUCGUCCUCCCAGGGCUCCAGUGGCGGCCAAACCACAAUUGGCUCGGGCGGCGGCACAAAGCAUAGUUUCUUAUCGGCCAAAUCGCGUGAGAUACUCGCUAGGCGUGCUGAGAAAAAUAAAUUACAACAACAACAACAACAAAUGCAACAAACCGCCAAUAGCUCUGCCGAUGAACGGAGCAACAACACAAACGCCGUCCCUGAACCCACCAACAACCGCAACCACCAUCAACACACCGCCGGUCCAAUACGUUCCGUCUCACACACAGCCGUCACUUCGGCAUCAAAUGCCAAUUAUACGCGCAACUCGCUGCCUUCCAACAUACCGACACGUCGCCCCAACUCGCUGCAGCUACGGAAAACAACAAAUAAUCAAACAACAGUCGCCAACAAUAGAAAUAAUAAUAGCAAUGUCAAUCAAAUGGCUCAUUUAAAUAACAAAAACAAAAUCAUUAACGCCACCAAUGGUGUGUUGAAGGCGGCGAAUGCGGUCAAGCAGAAAAUCGAGUUGUUCAUCGAUACGUCCACGUCAGCAGCUGGUCGUGUUGAGAAGUCCACACCGCCAGCAACAACACAAGCCAUGGCACAAAACAAAAACAACGACCAACAACAACACCAGAAACAGCCACGUGUCGAAACGAAAUUGGAACGUUCGAGUACGUUUUGUAAGGAAACUUCCGACAUGGACAUCAACGAAUUGCAGAUAAUCGAGUAAGCAGAACGCAGGGAGCAGAACGCAGAGAAACAUGGAAGGGUAAUGAGAAAACUGCGCGUGCUCAACCUUGAAUGAGCAAACAAAAGCGUUGAGCCUGCAAGCUGUUCAUCCAUGGAGGAUAAAAACAACACAUCCACACAUCCUUAACGCAGACACCACAAUGAACGCUGCGAUGAACAAAACAACUUCUCUAGUCAAUAACAGAAGACAUACAAAAUUAAAUUAAAAUGGCGCUGCACAGAAACAAAAACAAAAAUUUGCUUAUAAUUGCAUAAAAAAGUAGUUGUCAAUAAUCUCAAAUUUGCAGAAACCUCGAAAGGACAGCAAGUUUAAUCAAACAAAAAUAAAAUAAAAAAAAUACAAAAAUUAUAUGUAUGUAGUUGAAUGCCCUAAAUGAAGAUAUCGUAAACAGAAAAAAUAAUAUUUGUGCAUAUUCAACCAUACAUAGUACAUACAAACAUAUUUGCAUAUACAAAUAGUAGUUUAUGGAAUAUAAAAAAAAAGAAAUUGUUUUUCUUAAAAAUAUGAAUUUCAGCAGCAAUGAAAUAAAAACCCCAAAACCCCGUUAAGUAACAGUAAAGGCGCACGUUAAGGAAUAACCAAAACGGUUGGCAGGAAACGAUUAUAAACGGUAAAAUUAAAUAUAAAAUUAAAUUAAAAAAAAAUAAAUGGAUACAAUAAAAUUGGCAUUUGUCAAAAAGCUGAAUUGAAAUCGUAUUUCGAACGAUCGAAAAGCAUAUUUUUAAAAAAAAAAGUAUAAUUGAAAGGUGUACUAAUUUCGUGAUAUUAUUUACAAUGCAAAGGCUGCAUUUCUUUUUUGUAGAAAGCGCAGUGCAAAUGUGUGAACAUUUAGCAUAUACUUAUACAUACAUACAGACAUAAAUAGGUACAUAUGUACAUACAAAAACAAAAAGCAUGCUUUAAGCUUAUAAUUUAAGUGAGUUCAAACACAUAAUAAUGGAUGGAGUGUGACGUCUGAUGGUUUAAGUUUUUGUGGUAUCACAAUGAGUCUAAGUCAGGCCUAAGUGAAUCCGGUCUGUUAGAUCGGUAGCCACCGCAAUCUAAUCUAACCUAAAACACAUAAAAAUAGUUUGUUUCUUUUUGUGUUUUCUAUUUGCUUCGCGCAUUUAUUUCACUAUAGAUUACAAGUCUUUGAUAUACCAAAAAAUAAAUAAAUAACUAUGGCUUACAUAUGUAAAUGGAUAUUACAUAUUAGAUGUGCAAUUUUAAUGCUCUUUUUAAUUUUUUUUAAUUUUUUCAAAAAUUAAUAUACGCCUUUUAAGCUCAUCGCCGCUAAGAAACUUUAAGAAAUACUUAAAGCGGUUAAAUAUAUUUUUGUGAAAUUUGUAGAAUGUGAAUAUUGCAAGCAUGCCACAAUUACAAUGAAAAUAUGAUACUUUUUGUAUGAAAUUUUACAAUGUGUGUUACUUCAAUUCAAAACUGUUUUUGAAAUACUUAGUCUGCAAUUACUGAAUUUUAUUUACUCCAUCGAAUGCCGCUUUAAAAAUUAUGCGCUGAUCUUACUUUGCUUUUAACGUAUUUAGCUUACUGAAGAAUGCAUUAGGUUACACAAUCUUAACUUGAAUAAAUAAAUUUAAAAUUUUACAACUCAUAAGCUCAAAAAAAAUUAAAAAAAAAAAA